UUAAUUUUCCAUACAAAAUUCGAAAACUUAUAUGGUUAUUAAAAUAAAUAAAAUAUUAAAAGCUUUUAGAACAAUUUUCCAUUUCUUCAGUCUCGGCUACUUUGAUCUGCGGCAGUUCUUUCUUUCUUUCAGUUUUUUGUUGGGUAUUGCUUGCCAUAAAUCGCUGGCAAUAGUUUUUUUCAAUUGCUCGAAACACCCAAACGAGAAAAAAGUAGAAUUAAGAAAAAUAUAGAUCGGGUUAAACAGAUGUGAGCAAUGUCGAGACCUUGGCUUCUCGUUUUUCUAGUGUUCGUAAUAGUAUUCACUUCUCAGUUCGAAUGGAAGCAGCAAUUCGGUGAAGAAAUUGAACCAACCUCCACCGUUUCUGUCAAAGACCAAUACGUUUCGAAACGCCAAGAAUCAGUCAAAGAAAAGAUCAUACUUUCUCAAGAAAGAAAUAUUCAGAAACUGAAUGAGCUAGUAAAGAGUCUUCAGGAGCAGCUGCUACGGUGUAAGGCUGAAAAUGAGGUUACCAAUCGCUCUACGUUUGCUUUAACUGAACAUUUAACUGAGCUUGAACAGCAACCGAUGUUGGAUGACUAGAAUUCGUGGGUCACAUGCCAAUUACAUCUAAUCUGUUUGGAUGGAGAAUUAUUGAUAUGAGGAGUGAAGAUUCCAACAAUACUGAUAGUAAGUCCCUGUCGAUUACAAUUACAAACUGGGGCAGGGUCUCCCACUUCCCAUAAUGUCUUGUGUACAUCAAUCAUAAAUUGUGUAACCUCUUAAACAUCCAAAUAGAAUUACUCAUAAUAAAAAUGCAACUGUAUCAAUAGUUGGCAGUCUCUUGGGGAGAUCAUGACAGCCCCAAUAAAAAAAAUCAUGUGUAGUCCUUAGGAAGUUGCUUCCCUUUGUUACCAAAACAUUAAUUUCUGCCUAUAAUCCAUUUCCUUUCAUCUGUUGCAAACUAAUGAACAAUCAUUAAUGUUUCUUCUAACGUUUAA